CACCUCCCACGACGACAACGACCAUCUCCCGGACUUGAUCCCCAUCCGUCACAAUGGCGAUCAAGCACAACAACCAAAUCCUCAACCAGCACUUCCGCAAGGACUGGCAGCAGCGUGUGCGCGUCCACUUCGACCAGCCCGGUCGCAAGCACCGCAGACGUGAUGCCCGUCUCGCUAAGGCCGCUGCUGUCGCUCCCCGUCCGGUCGACCAGCUGCGUCCCGUUGUGAGAUGCCCUACCGUCAAGUACAACCGUCGUGUCCGGGGUGGUCGUGGUUUCACCCGUGCUGAGCUGAAGGAAGCUGGUAUCCCCGCCAAGCUCGCUCGCACCGUCGGUAUCGCCGUUGACAACCGCCGUGUCAACUACUCCAAGGAGUCGCUCGUCGCCAACGUCGACCGCCUCCAGGACUACAAGGCUCGCCUGAUCCUCUUCCCCCGCAAGAGCGGUCAGUUCAAGAAGCUCGACUCGUCCGCUGACGAGGUCAACGCCGCCAAGGCUGCUUUCGCCGCCGACGGCAAGACCGAGGGUUACGCUACCAACGUUGGCGCUUCUUUCCCCGUCAAGAACCCCACCGCCGAGGAGGCCAUCACCGAGGUUAGCCGUGACAGCCUGCCCAAGGGUGAGGAGGCUGCUUACAGACGCUUGCGGGAUGCCCGCAGUGAGGCCCGUCUCCGGGGUACUCGGGAGAAGCGCGCCAAGGCUAAGGCUGAUGAGGCUGCUGCUGCCAAGAAAUAGACAAUUUGACUCUCUGUUAAUGAUGAUCGGGUCGUUUUUCAAGUCGGGGAUUACUAGUGUACUGUGGCAUGGCGUGGUCUCUUUUUCCUUUUAAACCUUUGUCGGUAAAAAAAAUGCUCCGAAUUUUUUUUAAAUAAAUGAUGUCCCCAAUUUCC